AUGCAAGCUGCGGAUGGAUACCACUGCGAGCAAUGCAACGCCACCUUCCAGCGGAAAGAACACUACCAACGGCAUCGCCGCACCCACACCAAAGAAAAACCGUUUUCAUGUACAGAAUGUGGCCAAAGUUUCGCUCGAAUAGACUCCCUUACCCGGCAUUACGGCACGAGACAUCGACAAGGGGCUUCUGAAUCUUCCGGAGAGCGACGACGGGUGAUUCAGGCAUGCAAGCCGUGUAAUUUAUCCAAGCUUCGAUGCGAUGGACAGCGACCAUGUGAACGGUGUCGUCGAUAUGAGGAUGAAUGCUACUAUGAAGACCGCCAGAAACGUCGGAUGACAGACCGCAAUCUCUCUCCCACCUUGCCGCAUUCUAAGCGACAUCAUCCGCAAACUCCAGCCCUCAGCAGUACGGGGCUAACGCACUCCUCCUAUCCAGGGGACCCCUCGCAGUCCACGACAAACCCAUCUCCGCCACUCACGAUUGUCAAUCAGGUGGCUGCCGUACGGGCUGAGUGCGUGCCACCGUCGCACGAGCCGGCCAACAUGCCUGAUCUCAAUGGUUAUGCGAUGGAAAGUGCGGACCAAGUGCCCACUCAGGGUUCGACGCUAAACAAUGAAGGGCUUUCCGAUCUCAAGUAUCCAAGAUGGGGGAGUCUGCUUGACUUGGACCUAGACAUAGGGGAGGGCUUGGACCCCUCCAUCUGGCCGAACAUUUUGGAUCCGCGAUCGUCCUUGGACCAUUUCGACAACAUUUGGUUGGCAUCCACCGAACCAACCACAGGUCCAAUUCCUGCCCCAGAAACCCCUCAAAUACCCACGCCUUUGACUACCGCCACUGUGGGUGAGAUUUAUAAUCGCGCUUGCUCACCUGGCCCCACCGACGAGGCCGUCGAGCCACGACAAUAUCAACCAACCGCAAUCGAGAUCGAUGCGCAGCUGACGUUUCCAGAUAUGCAGCAUAUUCGUACGGAGGAUGUAGACAAAGAACACCUAGCCCACAUCCAUGAGAUUCAGCAGAAUGUCGUAGACGAGGUGGCCAAGCUAGCCUCAGUCCUGGAAUCGAAAUCGCUCUUCCCGCCGUUCGUGAAGUUAAAGAUUCCACCUGCCCCGAUCAUCAACGCUUGGACACAACUAUAUUUUGAACAUUUUCAUCCUGUCUUUCCGGUCCUUCACAAGCCCACAUUUGGAGGCCCAGAUACGCAUUGGCUCCUAGUGUUUGCUGUCAGUGCUAUUGGAGCUCAGUUUUCCCGAAUCCCGCAGGCCCAGACUUGCGCGAGGGCCAUGCACGAAUUGAUCCGUCGACAGUCCAUGUAUCUGGUGAUUCUCCUUAACCAAAUUGGUCUGAUGUACUCCGGAGAACGGAGAGCGUUAGAGAUCGCGGAGCUCCUGCAGGCGCUCCCUGUUACUCUCGCUCGGAGAAAACAUCUUUUCACGAACAUAUUGUCUGCACCGAAGAUGGCAGGGCUAGACCUCUCACUUUCCCAAAGGUGGCAAAUUUGGGCUCUGGAUGAGGAGCGGAGGCGGACUGGGUUCGCUAUCUGGCUCGUUGAUUCGGCUUUUCAAAGCCAUUUUGAUCUCACGCCGGUCCUUUCGGUUGGAGAGUUACAGAACUCGUUGCCCCAUGGCGAGGAAAGAUGGGCAGCUUCAGGUGCCCGAGGGUGGGCCAGCUUUUCUACGCACACAGAAUCAAGCACGCUCCAUACGGUGGAGCAAGUUGUCAGAGACAGCACUUGGAUGGCAUCGUGGAUAAAGACCGGCAUUUUGGGCAAACAAACCCUCCUUCAGCUGCUGUCGAACGCCGCUGUCAUUGAUCAAGAUCGUCUUCUUUCCUCACAAUCCCACAACGGUAUAAGCCAGAUCGAGGCUGAGGCGGCGCUUAAGGCGCUACUUGCAGGGACAGAAGAUGAAGAGUCAAACGUCUCAGCAUUAGAACUCAAGGCAUCUAUCUCACAUCGACUGGUGAUUCUCUCAGUCCUCAUGCUGCGUAAUACUCCUCGACUCCCCCUGCUUGCUACAGCCAUGCGUGUGAGGUAUCGUCGUUACACCGAUGAAGAACUCCGCAGUCUAGCGACAGAAUGGAAUAAGGCACCACAGGAGCGUCGACGGGCUGCUAUAUAUGCUGCGCGAGCGUUUGAAUCAGUCCGCAGCCAGUAUUGCGCCCAUUUUUCAACCCCUGUGCUGUUAUUCCGCGCGACUUUAAUCAUUUGGCUCUUUACUGUUCUCGAUGACCUGUCACUUGACUCGCAGCCCGCAAGUGACGCGCCCUUGAUCAUUCUCGGUGCCUCCAAUACGACCGAUCCGAAUCAAGAGCAGUGGGUGGAAUCUGGAAACGGUCGUGUCAAAUUACAGGGGGUUGGCAACAUCUUCUCUUCACUGGGCCGGCAACGAUUUCUUGAUGAGUCGAUCUCUGCGAUGCAGUCCCUCCGAUCGUGGGGGAUAAGUAAAAUCUAUAGGCAACUGCUAACUCAACUACGAGCGGACUAG